AGGUUGUCCGGAGGACAAAAGUAUUACUACUUUGAUUCACUCUCCGCACGCACAUUCAAAUAAUUAAAAUAAACAAACCAAAAGACAUUCUGAACGAGAUUCAAAGAUCCAUCCACCUCAGUAAAAUGACCUUCCAAAAACCUUAAUUAAAGCGUAUUUUUAUUUAAUGAAGAGGAACGAUAAACACAUAAGGAAUGUUAUUCAAGUAGUAUAAUCAUUUUAAAUGGUUAAUAGGCUAUUUUUCGCAUAUUUAGUACAAAGACUGAAUCUAUGAUUUGGUCAAACCCAAUUGUAUCUGUAUCAGCACGGUCAUUGUGAUUCAGCAACUUUGAAGCACAAAUAAAACCUGCAAUUUUAAGGAGCGCGUUUGACGUUCAAAAAACCUCAACUCAAUUGGUAGUAAACUUCGAACUGUGGCGUUUGAUGGCCUUUCACCGAAUUUCCAUAACUUCAGCCUGCAGUAUUUUUCAAAUUGACCCUUGAAGUCUUCCAAAACGGAGUGUGUUUACCGCCUGACAUCUACUGAGCUGAGGAAUAAAGAUGGCAAAUGAAGCAAUGCCAUGCCCAUGUGAUCUUGGUGACAAGUUGGAGUAUGGGGGACAGGGACAGGAGAUCCAAAUAGAGCACAUCAAAGUUUAUGUUGUAAAGCCCUCCUCAGCCUCAAACAAAGCUGUCAUCGUCAUUCAGGACAUCUUUGGCUGGCAACUCCCCAACACCAGAUACAUGGCUGACAUGCUGGCCUCCAAUGGAUACAUUGCUAUCUGUCCAGACUUCUUUGUUGGGAAGGAGCCAUGGAAUCCAACAGAUGACUGGUCCACCUUUCAGCAGUGGCUGGAGGACAGGAAACCAACCAACAUAAAAAAGGAAGUAGAUGCUGUGUUGAGAUUCCUGAAGGACCAGUGUGGGGCUAAACAGAUCGGAGCAGUGGGCUUCUGUUGGGGAGGGGUGGCUGUGCACUACCUGUCCUUGCAGUACCCAGAGCUCAAAGCUGUAGUCUCUCUUUAUGGCAUCAUUCGAGAGAGGGAGGACAGGUAUGAGCUGAAGAGUCCAACUCUGUUCAUCUUUGCAGAGAAUGAUGCGGUGAUCCCAUUGGAUCAGGUGAGUGCUCUUGAGAAGAGCCUGCAGGAGAAAUGCCCAGUGGAUUACCAGGUGAAGAUGUUUCAAGGUCAGACGCAUGGUUUCGUGCACCGCAAGAGAGAGGACAUCAACCCAACAGACAAACCUAGCAUCCAAGAGGCCAGGACGGAUAUGUUCAACUGGCUGGCCAAAUACAUGUAGACUGCCUCCAUUUACCCACAGUAAUGCGCUGUACAGAACCAAAAGUUUACAAUCAAUAAGCUUUAGCUAAUGUAGAGUAAGCUUUAUAUUAGUGACCAUCAUAAUCAGGUAUUAGUCCUCAGGUUACAAUCUAGUAACAUCAGUAUAAGUGUCCAAUUAAAAUAUCACACUAAAUAAUAUGCAUACUAGUGCAUGCAAAUCAAAUAAAUGACAUUCAAUUUUAUGUUACUUAUGAAACCAUAUAUUUUAAAUCAAUGUAACUGUAUGCCUUAUCUAAUGAAACAAUAAAUCAUGCAAUAUGUUCCUGUA